AUGCCACCUAAGAAGAAAGGCGAUGGGAAAGGCGGUCCUAAGCCUGGCACGAAACAGGCCAAAGCUGUGGCAGAGAAGGCGGGCGAAGUGAAGAAGCAAGCGCUGCCGGAGGAGCCCAAGAAACCAUCCGUGAAGGAGGUUAUUGGCGGCGCAUCAUGGACAGGAAAGCUACCAGUCAAUAUGUUGGCAGAGCAUUGCCAAAAACAAAAAUGGGAAAAGCCUGAGUACAGCAUGAUAAAAACUUCGGAUGGAUUUGUAUCCUCCGUGACAAUGAAGAAAAUAGACCCGAAAACCAAAGAACUCAUUGUCAUUCCACCGAUGAAGCUCCCUCCCUCCCAUAAACAUCUCGCUGGACAACCGACAGCCCUCGAAGCUCGCCAUUUCGGUGCAGCAUUUGCUCUUUUCCGUGUAUGCAAUAUGCGCAAUAUUCAUAUGAUGAUGCCUCCCACGUAUAAAAAGCUUUGGAAGGAGGACUUUGGGGAAAUAAAAGCAAUGGAUACCCGGGAGGGCAAGGGCUGGAUGUACGAGGCAGAUCCAUUUUUGGCCAAGCAAGAACGUGAAAGCGCAGCAGCCGAUUUGGCAAAGAAGCGCGCAGAUCGUGAAAAAUCUCAAGCAAAAGAGAAGGCUUCCAACGCUGAGUUAGGGUUAGGUAAUGGUGAUGCUAAAUCGAAGCGCAUUUGGUCGCAGGCACCCAAGGUAGAUAUGGGCACUCGGAUUCGACGAGAUAUUGAAGGUCUGCUGCGGCAGCAUACAGUAUGGAAUCCCUACGGGGUCCAGAUCCCAGAAGACCAAAAGAAGGCCAUCGCAGACGAAUUCUCCGGUUUAGGGUUCCGUCGCAGUCACGUUGAAGAAGCUACGGCAGAAUGCAAAGACCGCGAAGAGGUUUUGGAGUGGCUUCUUAUCUAUGUUCCCGACGAUGACCUUCCACGAUGGAGUCUGCCGGAAGGUUAUUCAGCUGGAGUUAGUCUUGGUUCUGUUGAUCUCGCCCGUGAAGCCAAAAUAAAACGAUUGGCGUCUGUUGGUUACCCAUCCGAUAUGUGCUCUCAAAUUUUGGAUAGCAAAAGUGGCGAUGAACUAGCGGCUGCCGAGCAUUUGCAGGGUACCUUAGCUCAUGGAUCCGGAUUUUCACUUCCCUCGGUAGCCGAUGAAGAUGAUGAGGCUUGGGCAGAAGAGGCAACUACGCUCGAGGCUAUUUUUGGUGACCGCUAUCAUCGCCUAUCAUCUAAGGUCUGCGAGAUCAAUAGCGAAGCAUCAGAAAUCCCGGCAAACACAACGUUCCGCUUCCAAAAGCCUUCCGCCCAUUAUCCAAGCACGCCUCCUGUCAUCUCGAUUCAUUCCAAGGGAGUUCCAGCUUACAUACGUCUCAGCGCGAUCCGCCGGGCAGUGCAACAUGCCGAGGAGAACUUCACGGGCGAGUCUAUGAUAUUCAAUAUCAUGGAUUGGUUGGAGGUCAACUUGCCUAUCAUCAUGCAGAAUCCAGGCAAGUUGCGAGAGAUUUCUGCUGUGACAGCCUCCUCAGCAGCUGAGACUCACGAGAUCCCUGUGCGUUCGUCACGCAAGAACCGCAAGGGGAUUGACUGGACUGUCGACUCAGCACGAAGCUUGGCCAUGCGAGAUGCUUGGGAGGCCAAGCAAAACACCGCACCGCAACUUGAAAUGACCCGGAAGCGAAAGGCACUCCCUGCAUGGAACACCCAGUAUGAUAUUAUUCAAGCAAUCAACUCACACCAGGUGACUAUCAUCUCAGGUGAAACUGGUAGUGGUAAAAGUACACAGUCCGUGCAAUUUGUGCUGGAUGAUAUGAUUCAGCGAGGACUAGGAGGCGCUGCCAAUAUCAUCUGUACGCAGCCGCGACGAAUUUCAGCACUGGGCCUUGCCGACAGAGUCAGCGAUGAGCGUUGCGCAACCGUUGGCGAUGAAAUCGGAUACGUGAUCCGUGGCGAGUCAAAAGCUAAACCAGGCUCAACAAAAAUCACGUUCGUGACGACUGGUGUCUUGCUACGUCGAAUUCAGUCCGGUGGUGAUGCAGAUGGCAAUGUUGCAAGCUCCCUCGCUGACGUCUCACAUGUGGUGGUUGAUGAAGUUCACGAGCGCAGUCUGGAUACAGACUUCCUCUUGGCGCUACUAAGGGAUGUUCUGCGUUAUCGCAAGGAUCUCAAGGUCAUUCUCAUGAGUGCUACUCUUGAUGCGGGUAUCUUUAUGAAUUACUUUGGCAGCCAACAAACAGUUGGGCUGGUGAACAUCCCUGGUCGAACAUUCCCCGUCCAAGACUACUACCUGGACGAUGUUAUCAGAGAUACAGGGUUUGCGCCAGAACUCGCGGAGAACUAUGAAUAUGAUGAAGAACCAUCGCGGGGCGAGGAAACACUGGGCAAAGCUCUUCGUAGUCUCGGCAUGGGAAUCAAUUAUGAUUUGAUUGCAGCAACUGUCGAAUACAUCGAUGCCCAACUGGGAGACCAGCCAGGAGGAAUCUUGAUUUUCCUUCCUGGUACGAUGGAGAUCGACAGAUGUCUGACAGCAGUCAAGAGGAUCCCCAACACACACCCUCUGCCUUUGCAUGCCUCUCUUCUACCUGCUGAGCAGCGACGAGUAUUCCAAAGCCCACCAAGGGGCAUGCGAAAGGUCAUUGCCGCCACUAAUGUUGCGGAAACAUCCAUCACAAUCGAGGAUGUCGUUGCCGUCAUUGACACUGGUCGAGUCAAGGAAACAAGUUACGAUCCUAAGGACAACAUGGUGCGUCUCCAAGAAGUGUGGGCAUCUCAAGCAGCUUGCAAACAGCGCCGUGGUCGAGCAGGUCGUGUCCGCGCAGGUAUUUGCUACAAGCUGUAUACUCGCAAAGCCGAGUCCAACAUGGCACAGCGACCAGACCCGGAAAUUCGCCGUGUCCCAUUGGAGCAGUUGUGUCUGUCCGUUAAAUCCAUGAAAGGCAUUGACGAUGUUGCCAACUUCCUAGCCAACACCAUCACUCCGCCAGAAAGUAUAGCCGUUGAGGGCGCACUGAAUUUCCUGCAUCGUGUAGGAGCUCUAGACCAUGACAGACUCACUGCACUGGGUCGAUAUCUCUCCAUGAUUCCCGCCGACCUGCGCUGCGCCAAGCUCAUGAUUUACGGCUCUAUCUUUGGUUGCAUGGAACCGUGCCUCACCAUCGCAGCCAUGCUGACAGUCAAGAGCCCCUUUGUCUCACCGCGCGAGAAGCGCGAAGAAGCCAACGCCGCCAAAGCAAGCUUUUCUCGACCAGGCGACGGUGAUCUUCUCACCGAUCUCUCAGCCUACCAGGCCUGGUCCGAAAGGACCCAAGCCAAGGGUGGCUAUUGGGGUACCCAGUCAUGGUGUGUCGCCAACUUCCUCUCCCAUCAAACGCUGCGCGACAUCUCGUCCAAUCGUGCACAAUUCAUCACAUCCCUCAAAGAUGCAGGCGUCCUAGCAGUCAACUAUUCUGACUCUUCGGCCGUCUGGAACCGCAAUGCUGCCAACCGGAACCUGAUCCGUGCCCUCGUCGCCGGAGCUUUCCAGCCACAGGUAGCGCAAAUCUCUUUCCCAGAUAAAAAGUUCGCUAGCUCGGUCACUGGUACUGUUGAAGUUGACCCAGAUGCCCGCACCAUCAAGUACUUCAAUCAAGAGAAUGGCCGUGUCUUCAUUCAUCCCAGUUCCAUUCUCUUUUCUGCAGCCGGCUAUCCCAGUGCCGCGGCCUACAUCAGUUACUUUACUAAGAUGGCUACAAGCAAAGUCUUCAUCCGCGAUCUUACCCCUUUCAACGCAUAUUCCCUCCUUCUCUUCUGUGGCUCCAUCGAACUCGACACUGUGGGCCGUGGUCUGGUUGUAGACGGCUGGCUCCGUCUCCGCGGUUGGGCCCGGAUCGGCGUACUCGUUUCGCGACUCCGCACUAUGUUAGAUGAGGCUCUUGCAGAGCGCUUCGACAAUCCCUCGUUGGUGGCUGACGGCAGCAGUAUUGGGGAUCGAGUAAUUGAAGCUGUCAAGAAGUUGAUUGAAUUCAACGGGCUUGACCAGUGA